AUGAGUUCCUCCAUCGCCAUGUCCUCCGUCGCUAUGGCGAGGCCAGGUACAGCCCGACCAGCUCUCUCCCAAUUAGUGGCCACAAAUACCUUCCGAAGCUGCAGAGUAUGGCACUGUACUCGCAACUACCAUAGUAUUCGCGAUAAGAUGGAACGCAUCGCUCGAUCCAUCGAUAAAUACCAACUUCAUCCCCAAGCCAACCCCCGUCGUAAGACGGAAGCCUGCGAUGGCUGGCCUGCCACAGCCCACCGAGACCCCAGUAGCAGCAAAGGCUGGGCCACGCACUGGCCACGCACUCGAUUCUCCGAACCCGCCGGUCGAGAAAAGACGUAUUGGGAUGCCGAGCUGGAGCGGAUGAAUCACCGUAUUGCCCACCUGAAGAGGAGAGUCGACAGAGACCCCUAUGAGGCGCUCUUUGGUCGCAGAGUAGAGUCCUCUCAUUAUAUCGAUCAGUCUGAUUCUGCUACCGCGUGGCCGGGUUUCCUGCGGACCUUCUUGGGUGCUGAGAAGCCCACGACAAACCACCCGUCCAAGUCUCAUCUCCAGGACUUCAAUUUUACUCAGUCUCCCUCGCAGUCAAGUACUUCUGGAAGCCGAGAGGAUCUUGAGUAUGAUCCUAUCAGCGGCCGCAUGGCCCCGAAAGCACCGAACCCAGAGCCCGCAAGUGAGGACGCAAUGCGAAGCUCGAGCUCAAACUCGGGUGUCGACUGUCCUUCGGGAAGUCAAGUCGAGGCCAAAUCCGCUUCCAACGCUCCUAUAGUUGAGAACGGCCAGUUACAGCCAGAUCUGAAUCCUGAAGCUGGUCUGGGCUCCGGCCAUAACGUCGAGUGUGCACCUGGUGGCGAGCUCGAUGAUUUGUUCACUGUCGAGCCUGCUACUCGUAGCGAUCAGGGUCGCCCGUCGCAGGGGUCUGGAUCCCAGCCGUCGGGUAACGCCCCGGUGGAUUGCUCACCGGGUGGUGAAUUAGAGGCCAAGUUUGCCUCUGAUCUCGACCUGGCUUCACAGUCCACGGAAGCAGCACGUGUUGCUUGCUCCACUGACAGCGAAAUUGAAGCAAGGAUCGUUGCCGAGACCACUCGUGCUCAAAUGUCUGAUCCGACUGUCGACUGCGCCCCGGGCAGUGAGCUGGAGGCAAUGUUCGCGGCUAACCCGGCAGCCGUUCAAGCUAAACACUAUCCACCAAUCAUGGCUACGGCGGAUGUUAAGGUCAAGAAAGCCAACAUCACCAGUGACUGUGAACCUGGCAAAGAGCUAAAAGCCAAGAACCUCUCCGAUGCUGCCAGUGCCGAGACUCGCGGCGAGAGCGAGGAUCUGAACACCCUGCACGCUAGUGACAUCCGAGCCCGGUAUAUCCCACUAGAGAGCGAAAGCGAUACCAACGCCGAGUUUUUCGAGCCCAAGGCUAUCAAAUUCGACGCCUCUAAAGACCGUGUCGACGACUUCCUAGAAAGCCAGAACGCCCCCGCUACAUCUCAGCAAUGGUCCCAAUCCGACUACCGCAUCCUAGCCUACGACACCACAACAUCUACAGUAACAACCGCCGAGUCAGACUCAUUCUUCGAUAUCAGUGAAACCGUCCAACCCCACGAGAUAUUCACCCGCCUCCACCACCCAGCCAAAUUUGUGCCAUUCUUCGCACAAAUGCGGGCAGACGGGUAUGAACUCGCGACUGGUGGUGGCGAUAUCCUCGUCUUCAAGCGAUGCAUCAAAACUGCUGAGCACAGCCCUGCACCGGUUGCUAGUCAACAGCAGGAGACUGUUCCAUCGGAUGUUCAGGCCGAUAUUGCACAGUAUAUGCGCGAUGACUCUUAUGACUCAACACCUUAUGUGCGCCACUACCACCCGUCCUCCACCAUCAAGCCCUCGACAUUCGGAGACACAAUGUUCAGUUCCAAUUUCAACUCUGCCCCCAGCUCUAGUUCCGGAUCCAGUUUCGCCCCGGUCUCAACCAUAACUCCCAACUCUUCCACUACAACCAAAUCCAAAUCGAAAUCGACAAUCGGCAAGGUCAUCCGCCGAAUGAUCCUCACCGGCACUAUCACCGCGGGAUCGUGCUAUGCGAUUGGUGUUUUGACCGAGUUUUUCCGGACCGGCGGCCUAGAUGGACGUGGUGCUGAUGGAUUCACGGCUUUUGAAUCGGAGAGAAGGCACAGGGUGUAG